AUGGCCGACCAGAGCUCUCCAAAUUACAAAGACUUUUACCUAAAGGCAGAAGGACGAAAGCAGGCGGAAAAAUGCGAGAAGCAGGAAGCAGAAGGGAGACGACAAGCAGAAGAGCGCAACCAACAGACCUCUUUCACAGAGCUACAGCACUGCCACGACGUUCUCUCCCGCCAGUUGCGAGUCGAGACACCAUCUCGCUCUCAUGAAGCAAAUCAGCCCUGA